AUGAGCCAGAACCCAACGACGCCCAAGAAACAAGGCAGAUCCAUGGCCAAAGAUGCUUUCCUAUCACCUAGCAGAUCAAUAAAGAAACGUCAGAUAAAGCCUCUGGUAUCAGUAAAGAAAUCUCAAAUGAAGAAAAUAGAAGGCACCGCCACCACUACCAAAGUUUUCCCAACCCCCGAAUACACCCCAACCGUCGAUGACAAUAAAUCAAAUAAUGGGUUGAUGUCGUCGUACUCGCGACCACCAUUCACUGGGAAGCGGCUGUUUGAUAUAUCUUCGUCGUUUGAUGAAGGAGACAUCAGGGCCCAAAAAAGAAUGCGAGGAGAAGAGCGAGCGUCUAUUACUGCUGCCACGGACCACGAUAGUGAUGAGGAUAAUAUUGAUAGUGAUGCCAGUACCGAGAUCGCCAGUGAUGUUGAAGGAGAAUUCUUCCCGGUAUCUGCAAAAAGUUGCGAUGAACAUCGAAUGUAUUCCAUCAACCAAGCGAUCAAUAGCUGUUUGACCCCCGAGAGACCAAAGAGAAGUAGAAGAAGAAGUAGUUCGAGUACCCAUCACAAGCAACAGCCAAUAAUGAUAUUUGAUGACGAUAUCGGGGGGCUGGAAAUCGAGUACGAGGAGGAUGAGGAAUUUAAUUUGACAAGAACUAUGGUGGAUGAUGAAGUAUCGAACGACAACACCUCGACGCCGAUUGGUAAGAGUUAUUCUAAUGAAAAGGCACGGAUCGUUUGUACUCCUGAAUCGAAAAUCAUUGAUAAUUUCGCGUACGAGGAUGAUAAGAGAACAAAGAGAUCAAUCGGAUCAUCAUUGGACUUCGAUCCUAAUAAUGAAAUAUUGCUCGUUGACAAGAGAGGACAAAAGAUUGUGAAACCAUUGAAUUCUUUUGGCAAACUGUUCAGACCAAAAGCCUUACUAAGUGAUUUAAUGAAGGAAAAGGAAUCCAAUAAAGAAACUGAUGAGGAUCAAGAAGCCAGAUUAAUCAGAGAAGCCAUGGAAACUGACGCCAAGGGAAUCGAUCUUGUCGAUCAUGGGAAUUAUUCUGGUGAUGAAGGGUUCAGUGAUUUUGACAAUGAAGAUUAUGAUAAUGAGGAUAAGUUGACGAAUUAUUUCAAUAGAAUGAGAACACAAAGAAGAUUGAAAGGUGCGAAACGUGGAAAAUUGGAUUUCUUAGCUGCCUCACCAAUACAUGCCCCAUUGUCAUCCUCUGAAGAAGAGGAAGAAGAAGGCGGAGAAGAAGAGGUUGUGGAAGAAGAUUAUUUGUUGAAGUUAUUGGAAAAGCACAAAUCUUCUAGAUUAGAUCAAACUUUCGAAGAAGCAGAGUGCUCGAACAACGACAUUGCUCCACCAUCGUCAUUAUCCAAUUUUUUGGACGAGUGUCCUUCAUCACCAUCUCCAGGAACCGAGAAAUCUGCCAGAGACAUUCGUCUACAAAAUAAGCGACUCAUGAGAGCCGAAGAUGAAAAGCUGGACAAUUAUUUGAAUUUCGGGUUCACUUUGAGUGAAUUAUCAGGGUUGAAAAAAAGUAAGAAAAUUCUUGUGUUUGAAGAUCCAAAGGGGAGUGGUGAUGAGAACAAAAAGUCCAGAGAAAGUUCCAAUUGA